UUGGUCUAUUUGCAAUCGCAAAGUUUAGUUAGCUAUCGUAAUACGACAGCUCGAGUCGUAGACAGACAGGCAAAAGCCCGUGGUCGAGACCUAAAGCUCUCGCAGACGUUGAGCUAGCUAAGCGCGCAGUGAACCCCGCGUUCAGGCAUCACCCAGGAAACCAGUAACCCAGUGGAGUGUAUCGAAAUGGCUGUCGCUGCUGCCCAGAAGAACCGCGAGAUGUUCGCCAUCAAGAAGUCCUACAGCAUCGAGAACGGCUACCCAUCACGCCGUCGCUCGCUGGUAGACGACGCCAGGUUCGAGACGCUGGUUGUCAAACAGACCAAGCAAAGUGUUCUUGAAGAGGCUCGUGCCCGCGCCAAUGACUCUGGCUUGGACUCCGAUUUCAUCCAAGAUGAUGUUCUACUUGGCACCAACGAUAAAUCCCCAACUGUGGAGGACGGCACUCAGCAAGAUGAUACGAAGAACGGCCAUCUUGCUGAUGCUGACAUCGGGGACGACGCUAAUAAAGAUGGCGAUUAUACUCUGACUGAGGAAGAAGUGAUUCUGCAAAACGCAGCUAGCGAAUCCCCAGAAGCAGAGCAAGCCAUCCAGCAAGCCGCCCUGUUGCUGCGCAUGCGUGACGGCAUGGGCUCCUUGGCGCGCAUCCUCAAAACCAUCGACAACUACAAGGGCUCCGUCGUGCACCUCGAGACUCGCCCGUCUCAACUCACCGGCGUCCAGUUUGACGCGCUCGUCAAAGUCAGCAUGACCCGAGUCAACCUUCUGCAGCUCAUCAGAUCUCUCCGACAGUCCACCGCCUUCGCCGGCGUCAACCUCGUCUCCGAGAACAACGUUUCCUCCAAAACCCCCUGGUUCCCGCGUCACGCUUCCGAUCUCGACAACUGCAACCAUCUCAUGACCAAAUACGAGCCCGAGCUCGACAUGAACCACCCCGGCUUCGCCGAUAAGCAAUACAGAGAGCGCAGGAAGCAGAUCGCCGAGAUCGCGUUCGCAUACAAGUACAACGACCCCAUCCCGUUCAUCACGUACACGGAGGCGGAGAAUGGCACCUGGAUGCGAGUAUUUAACACCGUGCUCGACUUGAUGCCCAAGCACGCGUGCGCCGAGUACAAGGCCGCGUUCGGCAAGCUGCAAGCUGCGGACAUCUUCGUGCCGCACCGCAUCCCGCAGCUGGACCACGUGAGCAACUUCCUGCGCACGCACACCGGGUUCACGCUGCGCCCCGCCGCCGGCCUGCUCACCGCGCGCGACUUCCUGGCCUCCCUCGCCUUCCGCGUCUUCCAGUCCACGCAGUACGUGCGCCACGCCAACUCGCCCUUCCACACCCCUGAACCUGAUUGCAUCCAUGAACUUCUUGGACACAUUCCACUUUUGGCUGAUCCUAGUUUUGCUCAGUUCUCACAAGAAAUCGGUCUGGCUUCACUCGGCGCUUCAGACGCUGAAAUCGAAAAAUUAUCCACUGUAUACUGGUUCACUGUCGAGUUCGGUCUCUGCAAAGAGAACCAACAGCUGAAAGCAUACGGUGCGGCGCUCCUCUCGUCCAUCGGCGAGCUCCUCCACGCCCUCAGCGACAAGCCCGAGCUGCGACCCUUCGAGCCUGCCUCUACCUCUAUCCAGCCCUACCAAGACCAGGAGUACCAGCCCAUUUACUACGUCGCUGAAAGUUUCGAAGAUGCCAAAGAAAAAUUCAGACGCUGGGUGUCAGGCAUGUCCCGGCCGUUCGAGGUCCGCUUCAACCCGCACACGGAGCGCGUGGAAGUGCUGGACUCGGUGGACAAGCUGGAGACGCUCAUCUGGCAGCUCAACACCGAGAUGCUACACCUCACCAACGCCGUCAAGAAGCUGAAGAGCUCGCAGUUCGAGUGAACCGACGAAUCCAUGAUCAGUGCCCGCGGCUGCGCCGUCUUCUGUAUAGCUAGUGAUAUUAUAGGUAUAAGACUGCCCUCCAGUGUGGAGCGUGUGUGCGCGUGUGAUAACCAUCGGAUGGUAUUUCGUUGACUUCCUUUUUGUAUGUACCUUAUUUUAUUAUUUAUUUUGCCGAGCUCAUUGCCCGGGCCUCGGAAAGUGCACAGAGCUCCCGAUUGCCCAUUUACGGAGGCUGUGCGCGUUCCCGAGUCCUAAACUAUUAUUAGAAUUAAGGCGUAAUUUAAAGAAAGAACACAAAGAAAUAAAAAAAUGGAGCACCCAAACUGAUAAAAACGAACAGAAAAUAAACGUGUUUGAGCACAA